GCCGCUUACCUGUGUCACUGGGGCGGUGCGAAGACGGCCACACUCGGGUCUGGCGCUGCUUCCGACGCCGGACAGACCAGCCAGCCGCUCCAGAGGCGCUGUGGGACGCUCCCGCGCCUGCGCAGAACGAGGGCCGCAGGCUGCUAUGCGCGUGCGUCCAGGGCCAGGCGCGCCGGGAUUCGUACUCCGGCAGGAACUCUGGCCGCAUUCUCUCGAUUCCGCUCGGCCGCGCCAGGCCGACCGCAAGCUCCGAGAGCCUGUGCCGCGCGGUUCUCGCUCCGGCUGGCACGGAGGCUGGGGAGCAGCCUGUGCCCGCUCCAGCGCCUGCUCCGGAAGCAGUUGUAGCAAGUACUUCCUUUUCAUCUCUCCGUUUGAAGAGCAGGGAAGUUGGAGGCCGGAGGCGGGUGCCGGGCCGGGGAUGGAGUACAAUUCCAACCCCAAGGAGCACAUGCUCCUCCGAGACUACAUCAGCUACUGGAAAGACUACAUCCAGGGGGGCUACUCCUCUCCGCGCGGCUGCCUCUACCUCAAGGACUGGCACCUGUGCAGGUAAAGGGGGCGGAGCGCACAAAGCAGCGUGUCGUUUCCCCGGGUAGGAGUUGCAGUGCGCGCACGAAUCUGGCUCCCGCAGCGUGGUUGGAGGUUCUCCCCAUCGCCGGGCUAGCCACGCUGCGUCAGGUGGGAACCCAGGUGGGCCGAGGCCGCCUCUCCCGUGUGUCCUGGCUGCUGGAGCCAUCCUUGCGGGCUGCACGCCCUCUGACGGGUCGUACCUAGCUGUGCCUUUCCUGUCCGCUGCCCGCUGUUCCAGCUCAGGCCAGGUCUCACUCACCCUGGCUGCCCCAAGUCCCGCUCCACCCUGCUCAGCUCACUCACAUUCUCAGCCGUCUUCCCAGCAAGGCUGUGCCCGAGCUGUGUAGCAUCUCCGUCACGGACCAGCGGCUCUCCUGCCCUGUCCAAGGAGGCCUUCUGUGGUUCGACCACACCCUUCUUCCACCCUGGGAGCUCCAACGAGGGGCCUCAGGGACAUAUCUCACACUCGUGGGCAGCCACACCCCGUCUGCUUGGUUCCCUUGCUCAGAGGGGGUCCUUGGGUUGUGUCCAUUCCCCUACCCAGCAGUGUGCUGGUCACAGGCAGAGACCAUCCUCCUCACACCCUAACCAGCUGGUAUAGGGCACAGUACGGGCUUGAAGAGUUUUGUAUAAAUGAGUGAACGAUUGAAUUCUUGUUUUGCUGAUGUGGAAACUAGGGAUAUUACAGUGAGUCACUCGCUUGCGAUUCCCAAGACCCAUCCAAGAGCGUCUCGCACCGGCAUGCCGUGGAUGCUCCCAGCCUCACAGCGUUUUGUCUGGCAG